GAAGUGUCCAACCGAUUCCCAUCUGCGAACCACAGGUCCACAACAAACCGGGCUGAGAGACCUUGCAGCUUGAAGCAGACAUUAUCUUUCUACGCAGAUACUUCUUGACCAGACCGCUAUAUUUAGGCAAUUGAAUCCAACCAUGCGAAAUUUAGCAUGAAUCCAUUAGCCGACUUCCGUCACCGUCAUCAUCUGCGCAUUCUUUGUCUCGGAUAAAAACCUUCAACUGAUCCAACGGAAUCUGCUCCUCUUCAGAGUUCCCCCAACAUGAAAUCUUCUCUCGUUUCUGCAAAUUCCUCUUCUCUCACGUUGAAAUUCUCUAGAAAAUUUUGUGGGUUCGACUUUUUUAGGCCAAAUAAACAAAACCCAUGUCGGAUUUCAGAUGGGUUUCUUAAAUUUUCGGUGUCAGCUGGGAAUCUGUCUCUGAAUUGUCGAACCCGUCCAUCUCGUUUGAUUCUAGUUUGCUCCACAACAGAGGGGAAACCAUCUGAUGCAGAGCCGAUGAUUCAAGGGUCAGAAGGGGAGAUGUCAAAUGCUGUUUUUCUCGAAGAUGGGGGAGAAAGUAGAUUGAAUGUCGAGGUCGGAAACCCUCAUSUUCCCGCGUUUGUUCCGGCGGGAAAGCUGAGCUUGAGUGAUCAAGCUUUCUUCCUUUUGGCCUUCAUUGCUUGCACUACUUCUAUUGCGUUUACUAGCCUUGUAAUCGCAGCUGUUCCUACUCUCUGUGCAAUGAGAAGAACUGCAACAUCACUUUCAAAAUUGGCAGAUACAGCCCGUGAAGAGCUUCCAAGUACGAUGGCUGCAAUCAGGCUUUCAGGCAUGGAAAUUAGUGAUCUUACUCUAGAACUGAGUGAUUUGAGCCAAGAGAUAGCUGAUGGAGUUAACAAAUCUGCUCAAGCAGUCCAAGCAGCUGAAGCUGGAGUUCGACAAAUUGGUGCCAUUGUUCGUGAACAAACCAUCUCAAUGAUACAGGAGAGGGCAAGUUUGCCUAUAAUUUCAUUGCAACCGGUUGUUGCCGGAGCUGCAAAGAAGACAUCACGUGCUGUUGGCCAGGCCACAAAGAGUUUCAUGAAUCUCAUCUCUCGUGGUGAAAUUGGCUCAGAAGAUGGAGACAAUGUGAUUGACCGAGUGGAAAUGUGAAGCUGCCUCAGAACAGAAUGACGAAACAGGAUCCAUGUAGCCAACUCCAUCUGAUUGGGAAAUGAUGCUGAAAAAAUAAAAGGCACAGUAUUUAGAUGGUAACCUGUACAUAUCAUAGAGAUCUUAGUCAUCGUCUCAUCGAUCUAGAUAUUUCUUUUUUUUCUUUGUAUUUAUGCCUAAAUGAAGGAAAGGAAAGGAGAAAAAAAACCAAUAGGUUCUCAGGUUAACAUUUCUAGAAAUCACUUAAAUUUGUAGAGGUGGUCAGAAGUGAAACGGGUUCCACUGAUGCUGUUUAAGCGUUAUACAGAGAAAGAGCUGUAGCCAAAGGAAGACCUCUAUCUGGGGUCUGGGGAUAACAUCAUGACAAAUUGAUAAUUUAUAUUCUAAAUCUUUAAUAAAGAUGUUUAAGAGUACUUGGUCUUA